GUGUGCGUUUUUUUUGCUCUCUCUCUUCACUGUGCACGUAAACACCCACUAAUUGGAAAGGAAUUUCUCCCGUGUGUGUGCGCGAAAAAAAAGUCCAAUCGUGAAAAGAGGCGUAUUUGUGCGUUGUGAACGAAAGGAAAUUGAACAUUUCUGCCCAAUUGAUGCCCCAGUUGCAUUUCCUGUAGUGUGCCGUAGGUUGUUGAGUGGUUCCUGUGCGCUGAAAGUGGAAGAGUGUGUGCCCUGUGGGUGCAUGCAUGCAGACUGCCAAGAUGCAUCUCUCCAGCGAUGUCUCGAACGCGCUCAAGCACAUCGAAAUCAUCAAGCAGACGGUGGAGGAGAUGGAGCCGAACAAGCUGCAGCUGAACGUUAGCGACGACCUGAAGCUGGUGCUCGAUCUGCUGCAGGAUCCGGUGUUCCGGAACAUCGUCCAGAUCCAGGACUCGCUGGCCGAGCUGAACCACCAGAUCACGCAGCACCCCUCGAUACUGCCCGGGGACUUUGACAUCGCGAACGGGGGCGAGCUGGUGCUGAGCGUUCCGCCCGGUACGGAUCUGUUCGAGGCGGACUACCAGGACGAGCAGCGGGUACCGUCGGCACAGAUCUCGCCCGGAAGUCCUCCCGGCCCGGCUGGUAUGCUGGCCGUCGUUACCCAGCCCAAGCUGAACCUGCUGGACCAGCAGCAGCUGGUGGCGGGCGCAGGUCCGGCCAUUGUCGCGACCGUACCGCAGCACCAUCUGCAGCAGCAGCAGCAGCAACAGCCGCUCGAUGCGCAGCAGCUGCUAAAUGCGUCGAUGAAGCUGAACAACGAGCCGUCCCUGUUCGAGGUGCCUUCGAUUGUUCAAGAUCAUCAUCACAAGCUGCUUCCAGAGCCGACCGAUCAGCACCCACUAGCCGCCACUGGACCCUUUACCGAUUCCCCUAAAUCAGUCCCGGAAACGAUCGUCGCCGGCACCGGUCCCGCCGACUGGUCCCGCAUACUCGACAUCGAACUCGUGAACGACGGAACCGGGCUGGGCUUCGGCAUUAUUGGCGCCCGCACGACGGGCGUCACGGUGAAAACCAUCCUCGCCGGCGGGGUGGCCGAUCGGGACGGUCGCCUCAAGAGUGGCGAUCAGAUCCUCCAAAUCGGCGACGUAAACCUGCACGAAAUGGUCUCCGAGCAGGUGGCGUCCGUGCUGCGACAGUCCGGCACGCACGUACAGCUGGUAGUGGCGCGCCCGAUCGAUCCGGCCACCGUCGGCACGGACGAGUACGACCAUUCGGCCAUCGUGCCGACCGUGCUGCUGGCGAACCCGCUCAAGCUCAAGCAGUACCUGUCCGAUUCCGGCUUCGGCGACAUCUACAGCGUCUACUCGAUCGCUAACCUGGACAGCCCCGGGCUGGAGAAUCCGUUCCGCCAGGAAAGCCCGCUGCCCGACUUCCCCGAGACGGAGGUGUUUACGGUCGAGCUGCGCAAGGACCAGAACGGGCUCGGCAUCACGAUCGCGGGGUACGUGUGCGAAAAGGAGGAGCUGUCGGGCAUUUUCGUGAAGAGCGUCUCGCCCGGCAGUGCGGCCGAUCUGAGCGGCAAGAUACAGGUGAACGAUCGCAUCAUCGAGGUGGACGGGCAGUCGCUGCACGGCUUCUCCAACCACCAGGCGGUGGACGUGCUGAAGCAGAGCGGCCACGUGGUGACGCUGUGCCUCGAGCGGUACCUGCGCGGUCCGAAGUACGACCAGCUGCAGCAGGCGAUCGCGGCAAACGAGAUGAAACCACCGACACCGGCCACCCCGCCGCCCCCGCUCGUGCCGACCGAUCUGUCCAAGUACGGUAGCAACAUACUGGACAUACUGCCACCGCAGGCACUGCAGCGCACGCUCGGGCUGGAGCAGGAGCAGGCGGCCGGCGAACCCGACGACCAGCUUGCCGAGUGCGAUGUGGCCGGGCUGGACGGUGGGCCGCUCCAUAUGGGCGGCCACAAGAAGCUGUCCCGCGCGAAAGACUCCAUCGACACGCAGGAGUACCGGGACAAGAUUAAGGAGGCCACGAUCGUGCCCGACGGGGCGGUGGCCGAGGAUGGCACCCUGCUGGACGCUACCAAUCCGGUGGCAAUCGCUCGGCAUCACCACCUGCGCAGCUCGCUGAAGGGAACGGCCACGGUGGAGGAGACCACCGACAGCCCCGAUCCCGACACGGCCUACAUCGUGAAGAAGUGGACCAACAUACUGGGCCCGGAGGUGCAGAUUAUUGUGGCGAACAUACGCAAGUUUGCCGCCUCCAGCGGGCUGGGCAUCUCGCUCGAGGGCACGGUCGACGUGGAGGGUGGCAAGGAAGUCCGGCCGCAUCACUACAUCCGCUCCAUCCUGCCGGAGGGUCCGGUGGGCCAGAAUGGGCUGCUGCGUUCCGGCGACGAGCUGCUCGAGGUGAACGGACAGCGGCUGCUCGGCAUGAACCAUCUGAAGGUGGUGUCGAUCCUGAAGGAGCUGCCGCAGGACGUUUGCAUGGUGUGCGCCCGCGGCGAUCCGGAUCUGCUGCGGUUCACCGAGGAGCAGCUGAUCAGCUCGCUCGAAGCGGACGUUGCGGCCAAACGCAACACCCAGCACCAUCACCAGCAGCUGCACGGCAGCUUGACGCCCUCGGAACGGUUGGUAAAGGCAAAGUCGGACGGCAGCUUGGCCACCACGAACGGGACCGGCAUGGGCGGUGGGGCGGGCGGUGUCGGUGUGGGUGAUGGGUUUUCCAAGAUUAAAUCGCGCAGCCUGGAACCGCUGACCGGGCUGGCGAUGUGGAGCUCGGAGCCGCAGAUCAUCGAGCUGAUCAAGGGCGAGCGCGGGCUCGGCUUUUCCAUCCUCGACUAUCAGGAUCCGCUCGAUCCGAACGAUACGCUGAUCGUGAUCCGGUCGCUUGUGCCGGGCGGGGUGGCCCAGCUCGACGGACGGCUGAUCCCAGGCGAUCGGCUGCUGUUCGUGAACGAUACGAUCCUGGAGAACGCUUCGCUCGACCAGGCGGUGCAGGCGCUCAAGGGCGCCCCCAAGGGGGUGGUGCGCAUCGGUGUCGCUAAGCCGCUGCCGAUGCAGGACUCGUCCCUCGUUGCCGCACCGGCCACGUUCGAGGAGAGGGGCGGAGUAGCGGAGGGCAACGGCAGUGGCAAGAUGCUGUCGCUCGCCAAGCCCGAUAUAAUAAUGGAAUGAGGAUGUUUGGUCAUAAGCAGAAAUGAAUACGAGCGCUUUUCGGAGCUGUACCUCCGGCUGGACGCCCUGCUCGAGCUGAUUGACGGUGCGACCAACGGCGAACGGUUUGCCGUUUAGUUCGCCACAACCCAGCCCCGCCGCCACCACCACCACCACCACCAAAUACCGCUAAAGCUUCCUUUUCCCCGCGUCUGGGCAAGGACGCGAAAGGGCGAGAAACAAGGCGCAGGACCGCAGUCCCGUUUGCGUUACCCUCCCCUCUCCCCCUCAAUAUCCCGGGGCCCGUGCCUUUCGUUACGACACACGUCCUUCGCUUGGGCGGGGGCUUAGCUUUGGAAUUUUCAAUUCAGCUUCUGUUUUCUUCGGACGCGCUGCUUCUGUUCUGUGACAUUCGUGUUGGUGCAAUAUUGCCCUUAGCCCUCCCAAUUUUAAUCUGUCUUCCAUUCUGAUCGGAUGUUUCGGUUUUUAUCGCAUAGGUAAAUGUAUCCGUUGGGUUGUAGCUCUCUUUCUAUACAUUCGUUUUUUGUUGUAGACAAUUUUUCUUCAUUUUAAAGUGACUAUACGUUCAUUCCUCAUAGUAAAAAAUGCAUCCUUCAUCCCUAGUGAGCUUCCCACCCCAACGCACACACCUCGCCCAAUCCAUUGCACCUCGAUAUUUCGACCGGAGUAGCUCGGAGAAGCACGAUAAAGGCAAAACAGCUACACAAUUCAAACCAAUAAUCAAAUAAGUUAAUAUAUAUAUAAAGAGACAGAGAGAGAGAGCAAUAUGUUGUACCUUUUUCUCAAACACAAUGCAUUCUCUCUAUCUCUUUAUACACAUAAAACAGGCAGGAGAUGCAGGAAUUAAGGGAAAAAAGCAUACAUUUUUGCACGGGCGCACAUCUUUCACUUAGUGCACACACAUUUCUACACACACUCACACACCAACGUAUAGCAUAACUUCUCUAUUGUUCACGUUUUUCCUAUACACAAAUCUAUUAAACCAUCGCACUGGUCUUGAUUGUUUGUUGAAAGUAUUCCAUUUUUGUGUGUGUGUAGGGUUUAAGAGUAAAGCGGCGAUUAGUUAAUUGUUCAUUAGUAAAAGUAAUGCGUAUUAGUUAGUUUAAUUGAUUUUUAGUGUAUAUAAGGGGUUUUGACGAGUUUUGAUCUUAUGUUGAGAGUAUGAUUGACGGUUUCACGAACAAAUUUCCAUUAGGAUUUUAGGUUUUGCACUCUCUCUUUCUCUCCAACAAGAACACUUACUGCAAAUGCACUUUUCUGGAAAAGAAAGAUGAUACAUACAUAAAUAUAUGUACUUACCUGUGCAAUCACAUUUCACGUUAUGCACCCAUAAUGAAACAAAUGUACUAAAGUAUGUGUUUGUGUGUAUGUAGAGUAGAACAAAUUCACCCUUUUCACUCGGUUUGUUUGUUUGUUUUUGUGAUCAUUCUCAAGUGCAUACCCAUACACUCACUCACUUUCCAUUAGAAACAUUUAGAAGUUUGAAGCAUAUAUCAAUUUUUUAAACUUCUUUUUUCUUUUACCAAGCAAAAGUUAAGCUUGCAAGCGUUUGCGUCUGCUUGUGCUUGAGGUCUUUUGCUGUGUGUGUUUUGUUUGUUUGGUUUGAUUUCUCGAUCGAUCAGGGGAAAAGAGGAAGAAAGAGUGUCCUUUCGCGCUGUGUGCACUUUUAUUUUCUUACUCUACCUCCUCCCUUUUACCCUCCAUACACUAACUCUUCUCUCGCUCGUUCUCGUAAGCAAAAGAGUACCUUCCCCCCCCCCGCUCCUACUCCAGAAACGAAACAGCCAACGGUGGAUUAUUGAUUUCUGACUUAUGACGUUAAUUGGAUGAAGAAAACAAAGGAUACGAAAAAUGGUUAUUUUGUGAAAAGAAAAGAAACACACACACAAACAACCAAACCAAUGCGAAAAAAACGGAGAAUGAUGAUGACGGAAAAAACAUGAAACAAAUGGAAAUGGAUAACAAAAAACAAGUAGAGAGAGAGCACACUAUAGUUUAGUAGCGGAAUAGAUUUGUUGAUGACAACAACAGACACACACACACAGAGGUAGAAGAACUGAUAAAUGAGAUGUAGCAAAAAUAGAAUACAAAUUGGAUGUUGUGGUUGUUUUUUUUUAAUAGAAAACGUUAGAAGUGACAAGCAAUAUCGGAACAGAGAAUUAGGACUCGCACUUAGGAAAGGUUCCGCGUUCGAGAGGCAAGAGACGCAUGAUCGUUCCUUGAAGCUUAGCUGUCGGUUGAAUUUAGGACUUUCACACCACUUGCUGGUGCAGGUAUCUUACGCCAAACCUUCUUAUCUCGCGCGGAAACCUUCACGAGUGAUUAGAACAGAUUUUUGCUAAUAUGUGGUGUCUGUGUGUAGCGACAGUUGCUUUCCAUAUCCGGCUGUUCCGGCCUCAGCUUGGCUGACUUGGCUGUAGAGAUGUAGACAGAGCAGAGUCAGUUUAGAUUUGCAUCAUUCACCGUUUUGCUACUAGAAAAAAAAAACCCAUCAUUUUUGCUACUCUAGAUAGGAUACCAAGAGGUUUGAUGAUAUGAUCACGGAAGAUCCAGUGAUCUCAAGGUCAUGAUCGUACAUUCCAUAACAUUGUGGUAUUUUGAACUUUGUUAAAAGCAAAAAAAGGAUAAUAUUUUUGUCCAGAAUCUCAUCGUUUUUAAUCAAUUGGAAGUAUUUUAGAAAAUAACUUACCACUCCUCCACUACGAAACGUUGAUCAGUAUUUGCGAGACCAGCUUUGGAGCUUCUCAACCUGUAAUUACGGUCCCAACAUGAUACUUAAUUAAUUUAACUAAAACCCAAAAACUCUCUUUAUAUCCCGCUAACUUUCCGUCUAAUGAACUGAAGAGUACUUAAUCCACAGGGUCCGUAGUCCGUGAUAAAAAUCCAAGAAAUAACACCAACGAUCAUCGCCGAGACCUUACGAAUCGGGAAGUGCAAGUGUAUCUUCUCUACUAUUUAGUACCCAGGCAGCAGUAGCAUACCGAGAUAAUAUCGUCACCUCUCCCAUGAUUCUGUUAUCUAAUCUGUUCCGCCUCGGUUAUGUCACACGUCUGUUCCCCUAGCAGGAAAGGAUGCUGGAAGAUAGCGGCCAAGAGCUGUUGUAAAGCGAAAGGAAAUGUGUGUGUGUUUUUUUUAAGUAUUUGUUGAACAAUUGAAAGAUUGAAGAUUACUAAGCAGUAGCGAUGGAUGGGCAACCAGAGGAAACCAGAAACAGAGCACGAGAGCAAGAUUGCAGAUAUUUAUCACCGUUGUCUAGUACAUUCCAUCACAAGGUUUAGUUUAAGCAGUUGAACAGAUAUAUAAAUGUAUUUUAUAUAAUAUAUAUAUAUUGAUUGAACGUGGAUGUGUAUAUGAUAUUGAAGUUUAAUAAAUUUGUCUCAAAAUGGAAACAAAAAUGA